AAACUGUAAAUUCCCAAAAACCUUUAACAUUAUCAGGCUCUUAUUUUGAAAUAUGUGACCGGAAGUACAUUGAUCUUGCAGCUCUCUUCUGUUUGUGUCUGCAGGUCUGUGUGCACAGCUUUAGAGAUACUCUCGUACGGAAACUCACGGAAUCAUCAUUUUGCAUGUCCAGGCUGAAAUACAAAGUUCAGUUUGUUUGAACCUCAACCAGCUGACCCCAAGAUGGCAUCCUCUGCAUUGUUGCUGCUGCUGCUGCUGCUGCUUCGAUUUGGAAUUGCACAAAGCUCCCAUCAACAUCCUGGAGAUCAUUACAACGGCGAGCAGCACAACCCUGAGCAUGACCUGAACAUCCUGCUGGGAGAUGAGGACACAGAGGAGAUAAAGAAACUUAGCCCAGCAGAACAGAGGAAAAAGAUGAUGGAGAUUGUGAAGAGGAUUGACACAAAUGCUGACAGCCUGCUAAGUGAAGAGGAGAUCACUCUUUGGAUUCAGCACGUUUACAGAACAUACGCUCUGGAUGAUGCAAAGGAGCGGUUCCCUGAGUUUGACACCAACAAAGAUGGUGUUGUAACAUGGGAGGAAUACAACACUGUCGCACAUAACCAGCUCAUUAGUUUUGAUGAUGACGCAGUCCUGGAGGAUCCAGAGCAGGAGUCUCUUAGACAUCUCCAUCUGAAGGAGAGGAGGCGAUUUGACUUCGCUGAUGCAGACAAUACAGCAGGGCUUAAUGUGACAGAGUUUCUUGCCUUCACCCACCCAUCUGAAGUGGAUCACAUGGCUGAUUUUGCCAUUGAAGAUGUGUUGGGUGAAUAUGACACAGAUAAAGAUGGAUUCAUCAGUCUCAGUGAAUUUAUCGGAGAUGUUCGUGGUGAUGGUGAGGAAUCCCCUUCACAGUGGGAGAUUGAAGAAAGAGUGCGGUUUAAAGACCUCUAUGAUCAAGACAAGGACGGCAAGUUGAAUCGAGAGGAGCAGCUUCGCUGGGUUGCGCCUAAUAGCUAUGGUUCAGCAAGAGAAGAAGCUUUUCACCUCCUCAAGGAAAUGGACCAGGAUGGUGACGGCAAGAUCUCAGAAGCCGAAGUUUUGAAAAAUCAAGAGACAUUCUUGCACAGUGAAGUGACAGACUAUGGCAGACAGCUGCAUGUAUCCCAUGAUGAAUUGUAACCACAGUGUUAUUGCCAUGAAGGUGUGAUUUGACAUUAGCCUUCCCAUUUAUGUUCUUAUUCAUCCAGGAUCAAGUUGCAAUAGUAAAUGACCUAACAGAGAUAACAGAGAAGCACAUAUUGCAACACAUAUUAUAAGAAUAACACAUCACCAGAGGUGUCAAAAGUAUUCACAUUCAUUACUCGGGUAGAAGUAUAGAUACUAGGUUUUAAAAAGACUUCUGUAGAAGUUGAAGUAUCAACUCAAGCUUUUUACUCAAGUAAAAGUGUAAAAGUACUGGUUUCAAAACUACUUAAAGUAUAAAAGUAAAAGUAAUGUAAAGGGGGAAAAAAUGCCAUUAAGGACAAAAGCUUAGGCCGCACCACAGGGGCCUAUAGUGCACUACCCCACCUCCCCAAAAAAACAUUUUUCUAAAGGCCAUAAUGACUAUAAUGUUAUAUUAAAAUGUUAAUGUUGAAAAAUUUGGGAUGCACCUGUUUCAGCCGCAUUUAUGCCCAUUGAAAAUUAACUCAUUUUAGUACAAUGCAAAUACAUUAAAGAACCAUAUAAGUGUACCACUGAGCAUUAACAUGUGUUUCAUGGAGCGGAAGAUAUGAUGACUAGUUGUCUAUAAGUAUUGUAAUGGUGCAAAAAGUCAAACUUCAGAGGCAUGUUAUCAGUAGCCUUUAUUGGAAUGUAAAUGUGCAUCCAAGCUGAGCUGCAGGAAUCUGUGAGGGCAACGGAUGUAAGAUAACAAAACUGGAAGAAAAUUGGUUUACCCAGGGUAUUAUUAUUAUUAUUAUUCUACUUCCGUACGUUUUUUUCAACUAUCAUACUAUUCGGCUUCUUCGGGACACGUUUGCCAUGACUUUUUAUUUUUCAAUUACUUUUACUUUUUAAGUUAUUUGACUUUUUCCACAAAAUUUUUCCCCAUUCAAAUGAUUCAAAUUCAAAUUUACCCUCAAAAUGUAGGAAAACUUGUCCUCUCUCACACAUUGAGUUUUCGGGACAAACGGCGCGAACUGUUUUGACUCUGUGAGCUUCAAAGCGGCAGGUGGUCAUGAUAACUCGCCAUCUGGGGUAAUGGUAAACUUCCCACUAACUUCCCUGACCAAACCUCUUGGGACUAACUUUUUAGAUCGCUGUGGUUUCCACAUUUCUUGGGAUCCCAGACAUGAAAAUCACAUCAACGCGUUCGGCCAUUUGUCCUCUCCGCUCACAAAAUCAUCAUUUAGCCACCAACUCUUAAUUUAAGCCCUUGAAAUGAGCGCUCAAUAGGGAGACGUUUUCCCCUUUUUCUCAUUGUCUGACUGCAUUUAAGCAGUAUCUUCCACUUGUUCUUCCACUUCUACUACUGUUUCUUCAUCUUCUACUAAUACUUCUACUCGUUUUACCUCUUUUACUUCUUGUUCUUCUGCUUUUACUGCUUUUUCUUCUACUUCUUGUUCUUCUGCUUUUACUACUUUUACUUCUUCUACCCUUAUUCUUCUAUUACUGAUCUUCUACAUCUUCUACUUUUUCUUCAUAUUCUACUAUUCCUUCAGCUGUUUCUGCUGAUUCUUCUUCAUUCAGCAGUGUUUUGCAAAACAUUUCAGCAGUCAGCAUUCCCACGCGUUUUCCGCAGGUAAAUGCAAAUUGUCUAGCUUUGUCUACUCUUUAUACGCAUUAACUCCUAAAGAGCAGGACAGGUCAACUUGGAAUAUCAUUUUGACAGUCUUGUAGAAAUUGGAUCAUGCUUUGAAGACAAAAGGACCUCCAAAAAGUUUGUUGAAUUGUGGCUGUACAUCGUCACUGGUCAUUCUUUCCUGUGUCAAACGCGUUCUGAAAUGGCUCAUUGGUAACUGCUGACAUGCUGCAGCUCUUCCUUGUGUUAAUCAAAUGAGUGAGAGAGAGAGAGAGAGAGAGUGUUGCUGUGUGAAAACUUGUUUCCUGAAUGUGUCAUGAUCUGUUUCAUUUGCAUCAAGCAACUGCCUGUUACACUUGCUCGCUGUUCCAGAGUGAUUUUUUUACUGAGUGGUUUAUCGCAACAAGGGCUUUUGUUUAACCUCUGCCGAGAUGAAAUUAGACUUUAAGGAUGCCUUUUGGGUGAGUUUAAGUUAUGAUGCUAACCUUUUUUUUUUUCAAUGUUUUUGUUCAGAGCUGAUGCUAAAGAUGGCUCACUUAAUUUUUGCGGCUUCAAUCUUCUGUUUACCUCUCUAACUUCUCCUUUAUGCUUUCAUUUGUCUGUUCAGUGACUACUGUACCAUAUCUUGGAGUUAAUAAUCUGUAGGCCAUCGUUGACUGCAGUUAGUUCAAAAUAGUCCUGUCUUCACAAGUGAACCUUCUUUCAUGAUCUCUCUUUGAAACUAAUUGAAUGGCUGUAGACUAAAUGCUAUGAUUAAAACAUGAUUUUUUUU